ACUCCUCGCCCCCCCCCCCCCGCCCCCGCAGUAGCCACCUUCACUCUCCGGCCUCCUGAGCAUCCGGGGAGGCCCAGCCGGGCUGGGUCCAGGGAGCUUCUCGCCUACGUCCCCACCACCCAUUUCACGGAGGAGAAAGCCGAGGCUUCAGAGGAGGUGGGUGGUCCCCUGUCCAGUCGGGGCGGGGGCAGGCCGCCGGGACCAGGGCAGGCCACGGGGACCUCACUGCCACUGUCCCCGCAGCCCUCCCGCCCGAUGCCCGCGUGGGUGGCGCUGCUGUUGCUCUGGGCGGCCACCGAGGCCUCCGAGGACUGCCCGGCCGCGUGCGCCUGCCACACGCUGGACACCAUGGGGCUGCAGGUGGACUGCCGCGGCCGCGGGCUCGAGGUGCUCCCCGCCCUGCCGGCCCCCACGCGCGAGCUCCUGCUGACCAACAACAGCCUGCAGAGCGUGCCCCCCGGCGCCUUCGACCACCUGCCACAGCUGCAGGUCCUGGACCUGGCGGAAAACCCAUGGCGCUGCGACUGCGGCCUCGUCUACCUGCGCCUCUGGCUGGAGGACCGCGCGCCCCAGCAGCUGCUGCGCCUGCGCUGCGCCGGCCCCGCCCACGCCGCGGACCGCACGCCCGCCCAGCUCAGCGGCUCGGAGCUGGGCGGCUGCGGCUGGACCCUGCGCGAGUCCUGGGCCGGCCCGGGGUCCUGGUGGGACGCGGCGCUGGUCGUCGUGGCCGCGCUGGGUCUGGCUCUCCUGGUGAGCCUGCUGUGCACCAUCCCGGUGCCCCGGGCCAGCCCCCGGUAGCUCAGAAGAAACCCGCCGCCCAGCCAGCCCUUAUGCAGGCUCGG